AUCUAGAGGUACAUUAACUUCUUCUUAGAUGUCACUAUUUAGAACUCUUGUGACAUUCCGUCACAUGUCGUCAACUGUCACUGCCUUCAAAACCUAGAACCUCCAAAGAAUUUAACUAGAAAUCUUCUAGAAUUUUCCCAAAUUUUAACAGAAAGUGCUACUGAACUGGCGUGCUCGUGCUGUGAUAGCUGCGGUUAUCCUAGCUUCAGCGUACUUAGGGUUUCAAAAAGAUUUUACAGCUGUUCCAAGUUACAAACUAUAUAUAUAUAUUGGGUGAUUUUCAUAACCUUAGGUAGGUCGAUAUUUAAAUUCGGUUUUGCGGGCGCACACUUUUUACAAUUGUUCUGUUCAAAAUACAGUGGACUCGCAGUGGAUAUGUUUUUUGUUUCUUAAAUAACUCAUGACUUCCUCUGAAGAAAGUGAACCAUAUAUUGAUAAAUGAUAGGGUAUUAAUUGUCUGUGAUUCUACAACUGUACCACAACCAUGGCCAAGUGGGGUGAAGGAGAUCCAAGAUGGAUUGUGGAAGAAAGACCAGAUGCCACAAAUGUCAACAACUGGCACUGGACAGAAAAAAAUGCCAGCCCAUGGUCUCAAGAUAGAAUAAAGGAACUUUUCAAGGAUGUUCCUGUAAAAACUGAUGCUGCAAACUUGAAGAUCGAUGAAGUAGAGAAAAUAGAAGGAGAAGCAUCAGCAAAUAAUAGAAAAGGCAAACUCAUAUUCUUCUAUGAGUGGGAUCUAGUACUAAAAUGGAAUGGUAACGUCAAGGGAUCUGAUAAAAAAUAUGGUGGCACGAUCAAGAUUCCCAACCUGUCGGAAGAAAACGAUGUUUCAGAACUAGAUAUUCAAGUGUCUUUAGAAACGGAUGAUGGUGAUGGCUCUAAACUUAAAGAAAUAAUGAUGAAAGAGGGCAAAGAACUUGUUAGAACACAGUUAGGAAAAUAUAUUUCUGGGCUUAAAGAAGAAUUCUCAAAAGGCAUGAUCCUUCCUAAGAAAGGGGAAGUUAAGCCUGACUCGGUGAAAAUCCUAACUAGUGGUUUCAAUAAGAAGAUUAAUAUGGACCCUGUUGGAAAUAAUGAAAAUAAGCAAUUAGGAUUAAAGAUCGACACAUGUACCAUAAAACAAACCCAAAAGUUCCAAUGCACUGCCCAAGAAUUUUACGACGCCCUGACGCGGUCAGAGUUGGUCACGGCAUUCACCAGGGGCGACGUAAUACUAGAGCCAACUGAAGGGGGAAAAUUCUCCCUGUUUGGGGGCAACAUUAGCGGCAAAUUCGAGGAGUUGGCGCCGGCCAAGAAAAUCGUGAAACAGUGGAGGUACAAGCAGUGGCCUGAAGGACAUUAUUCGACGGUCACCAUUGACAUAAAACAGAAGGAUGACCACACUGAAGUAACUUUAGAGCAAGUAGGGGUGCCCAAGCAAGAAAUGGACGUGACGAAAGACAACUGGCAGCGUUACUAUUGGGAUGCCAUGAAGCAAACCUUCGGCUUUGGAGUGUUCUUCACAUAGGGACAUUUUUUUUCAAUGACUUGUCUCGAAAGGAGAUUACAGUACCCAAAAACCGGACCUUUUGAUUAUUGAUUUCAAACAAAUAUUUUGUAAUUUAAGGCUUCAUAUUUUUUACUCGAUCAUAAAUUUUAUAGGGGUUAAUAAGAUAGGUCAUUACUAAAAAAGUUACAUAUCGUUUUUUUGCAAGAUAGGUAUCAAAUGCGGAAUCCAGGUCCCAGUGGUCAGUUUUAUUCUUAAGCUAGGGUAGAUGUUCAAAGUAGAUGCAUAAUUUUUAAUUGAUGAUCCUUAAAAGUCGCAGACGUACACUUUUUUCUGAUCCGUGCCUUAUUCUAUGUCAUCUUAUUAUUCUAAAACGCAUCAAUAACUUUAGAAGCACUCCAUUUUCUUAUAUAAGUUUUCCACAUUAUUCUUUUCAAACUUAAAAAAGGGUUUCAAAAUAAUAGUGGAAUGCAGAUUUAGGCAACUGGAAGAGGUCUAGACUAAAAUCAAAAAUUUGAUUAAUGGAUAAAAUUUCAAUCAGACAUUUAAAUGAACCAAUCUCAUAUAGUAACUUCGCAUGUGAUGGGGAAAAUAUUUUGAUCAGUAUUUUUUUCAUAAUCUUAUUCAUAAAGGAGCCCUUUUAACAAUUCUUCAUGUUGCAAAGCCCAAAUUUGCGUCAAAAAUGUUUUGAACGUUUUUUUAAUAAACUUCAAAAAUUGUUUUUUUUUUUCGCUCUGGUCAAAUAAUUUUUAGGUUUUUAGGACAUUCUGAACAAAAAAGUGCAUUAGAACGUUUCCCUAAAGUCGAUAGUUUUCGAGACAUAAGGGAUACAAUAUUUGAAAAAGUGCAAAAUAUGUUAUUUUCGACCCCGAUAAACAAUGUGAAGAAAUGGAAAUUUUAAUGUUGUCGAACUUCAUAGAUAUUCUCUAAAAACGCAUUAACAAAGUCUCAAACGAUUUCAAAAGGUAUUGUUAUUGUAAACCUUUGUUUUUUCAAUUGUUAACCAAACGCUUUGGAAUUUUGUUAAUGAAAACAUUAACAUUUUAAUUUUUCAAUAUUGUUUCUCGGCGGGGUCGAAAAUGGCAUAUUUUGCACUUUUUCAAAUAUUGUUUUAUAUCUCGAAAAUUAUCAACUUUAGAUAAAAGUUCCAAAUCACCUUUUUUGUUCAGAAUAUCCUAAAAGCCCAGAAACAGCAUCAGAAUAGCGAAAAAAACGAUUUCUUAGGAUUUGUCUGCAAAAAUUGUUCAAAAAUGUCUGACGCAAAUUUAAGCCUGGAACAUGCAAAUUCGUCAAGGUGGCACGUCCAUUUUUUAGAUUUUUUUUCAACUACCUGUUUGCAGCAGUAUUCUAAAUCCCUUUCAAUUUUUGCAAUUGCAGGGCAGCAAAAUGUAGUCGCGAUCCUUUUUUUUGUGUUCGCAAAAUUUAUUUAUUGUCACUACUUGAACAGUUUUAGCUAAUGCUAAUGUAGAUAUUAUUCAUUGACAAUUUUAAAAAUUCUGUCAUAAUUUAUGCUGUGUUGCACUGUUUUAUUUAUUAAUAUACAGAGUUGAAAACUUGGCCAACAUCAGAUGUUGUUUAUUGUCAAAUUGCAGUGCGUUAUCAUAUAAUGGAUCGCAGAUCAGUUGGAAUUUUUUUAAUGCAAAAUAUAAUUUUUCAAUCAGUAUGUGGUUUUUUAUUUAUGGCAACGGCAACGCAUCUUCAAAGAUCAAGAAACUUAAAUCUCCGUGAGGGCGGGAUUACAAAUUCCCCAUUUUUUGUUUGGAUUAGUUUAUAUCCAAGUUUACGUAUUGAUUUGGCAUUGUUGAAAAACAAAGCAUCCUCCUUAGGUGCAUUUGGGGAUUUGGGCUUACUGAACGGAUUUCAGCAGCCCUAGGUAGUCAUUCAAAGCGGUGGACCUUGUGGUUGCUGCCGAUGUGCAGCGCCAUCUAUUGGAAAGUAGCCGAAUAGAACGUUAAAUGAUUUUGAGGUAUUUCUGUGCAUUUUCAACUAGACAAAUGUUAAAAACGAUCAUGAAACGUUUUAUGGUAGGUGUCCAUUUGCGAGAAAAACUUUCGCGAGUACCUCUCGAGAGCAUUUCUCGUAAAUGGAUACACGUCUGAUAGUAACUCUCGGAGAUCAACCGGUGUUCUGUCGGAUAGUGGCUGCACAGAAUUCUUUUCUCAAGUGUAUACUUGUUAAUACCACCCAGUGUUACCAGGUCUACCGAUUUUGGUCCUGGUCUACCGAACUAUCGAUUUUAAAGCAAAAUCUACCGAAAAGUGGACUUUUCCUUCAAUUGA